AUGAGGGUCCCCCCAGGAAUUGAAUCUGCCCAGAAUGAGGGUCCCCCCAUAACUAGAUCUGCCCAGGAUGAGGGUCCCCCCGGAACUGGAUCUGCCCAGGAUGAGGGUCCCCCCAGAACUGAAUCUGAAAGCCAGGAUGAGGGUUCCCCCAGAACUGAAUCUCCCCAGGAUGAGGGUCCCCCCGGAACUGGAUCUGCCCAGGAUGAGGGUCCCCCCGGAACUGAAUCUGAAAGCCAGGAUGAGGGUUCCCCCAGAACUGAAUCUCCCCAGGAUGAGGGUCCCCCCGGAACUGGAUCUGCCCAGGAUGAGGGUCCCCCCUGGAACUGA